AGCAAUCUUACCUCAUUCUUCUAUCUGUCACUACACCACCCAGCCCCCUAUUGAACAAUAACAAUGAUUGGUUUAUAUUAGUUUUUUAUAAAAUUAUUUUUUCGUUUUCUUUUUUCAAAUUGAUGAACUCAUGUUGUCAUUCUACUUCAAAUCCUCACCAUGCUGUCUUAAACACUGCUGAGUGAGAGAUUAUUCACUCCCCGCGGACGACAGUGUUGUGCUGGCCAAGCAUCUCAUAAAAGUCUCCCUGCCUCUGCCCCCCUAGAGACUGGAAAUCUCGCACGCAGCUGUUGUUCUGAAGUCGUGUUUUUCUUCCUUAUCUCAUGGCUUUAUUCAUCAUACCAGUCCGCUCUCCUCGACACGCCGCCUUUUAAUAACCUUGAUGGGAUCCCUUGAUUGCUAACUGCGACACAACUAUUUGGUUCCCUCCAGGCUUCAUGUGUACAGCCUUCACUCAAGCCCGCUAGGUCACAAUCAUAAGAUCGAAUUCUCCCCAAAACAACUCUCGAAAAUCCGAACCGCGGUUCUCAUUCAAAAAAAAAUCACCAUCGUUUUGUACGAUCCAUACGGGAUGACGCCCAUUGGCUCCUUCGACGCACUUUUAACGCCGAAAGAUCCUAGGCUUUGUCGCCUUAUCCAGUUGUUACAGGAACGCAUACUGAAUCGCUGUCUUUGAUACCGGCAAUACCAUGGAGCCAUUAACCUUUCCUUUUCACCACCGUGACGAGGAGUCGAUUGAGUGUUGGGACGAUGACGACGACUUGCUAUGCGAUGAUAUCCAAUUGCGAGCUGCGUCAACGGCUACCUCUGUAACGAAUUCAUCCGUACGCCGCUCCGGGCAUCGAGAUUCAAUAUCCUCACGCCUUUCUGCACGCUCGGACCUUGAUUCCAACCCGGGUGGUGAUGAGGACUGGCAAGUUCCUUUAGUGGCUGGCGGGGACAUUGUGAGCGAAGAAGCCAUUACGUCUGCUAAAAGCGCGGGAAUCCCACUACCUUCAAAUAUUUCUGGAUCGGCUCUUGUUGGCGGGACUAUCAGACGUCUCGGAAGUAAGAAACCUAAGAAAUGUUUGAUUGAUGAUUGGUCUGAGGACGUGGAGUUCCCAGGUCCAGAAAGCGUUCUGGAACUGAAGAGUCCGCCAAAGGGAUCUUUCCCAGAGUCUAUCCGGCAGGUCAGCUCUCCCACAAGAAGUCCGAUAAAGGGCUCGAAUCCUGCUUGCUGGGGCGAUUAUCAUACCCCGUCAUUCCCGGUAUCGGCAUAUAUCGCGCCGCCUGGAGACCAAGACGAUGAAGAAGACGGCAGUCAAGAUGUUCCUACGAUCAAAUUGGCGAAGUCUCGAUCCCCCCAUACGAGGAAUUCAGAACAGAGACCCUGGGAUGACAUACCAAAGAAUACGACUGAGGAUUUAGAAGACGACUUUGAAUUACCGGAAGACUUUGACUUUCAACUUUCGCACCGAAAAGUCAACCCGCAGGAUUCAACCGCUGCCCCAGAUGACCUGGACGUCGAUUGGUCUGAAGGCAGCAUUGGGGUUCGAUUCGGUGGCACUGGACGAGACCACCGAUCGAACCCAAGUUCCUCUGUCUCUGUAGUCAGUCCCAGCGCAUCCAGUUGUCUCACCGGUGAAAGUGACGAUGAAGGUCUUGAUGGUCUUGUUAUUCCAGAAGGCCCAUUGAGUCUGGGAACGCCUCUGAAUAAACCCCGAGAACCAAACACUGCCGUCGUGGACAAUUCUGCGUCGAGCACGAAUUUCCAAGAGUCGGUUAAAUCCGAAGACUUCUUCUCAGAUCUUGAAAUUGGCGAUCUCGACCCUUUUAGUCCUAGGAAGUUUACAGUCAAUCCGAACGUCAAAUGCAAGAAAGAGCGCACAGAAGGUUCGCCACGACGUUCGGCCACAACACUCACCUUUACGAAUACAACUGGGUCCCCAAGGACACGGAUUCCCCGUCUCUCAAACCACGAACGACAACAUUCAACCCACCUCGAAACCGUCUCAGAAAGCGGUGCGCCACUGGCCAAGUUUCGGGCGUCUCAAUCCCGAGGCGACUACUCCUAUCAUUCUUCUGCGUCUAGACAUUCUUCUGGCUCUACAUCACCAUCACCCGGACCCUUGGCCCCAGCCCGACGGCUAGUUGGCGCACGGAUAUCGAGAGAUGCGCCUGUCGACAAAAGCGCCAGUGGCGGGAAACGAUUACUCAAUACGAAGAGAUCGAUGCCAACAAUGCGACAUAUGCACCACACAACAUCGACGUCAUCUCGAGGUCCGCCUCGCAAGGAUGUGACGAACUGGUCUAAUCUUUACGCUAGCGGGUCUAGAAGUCCUGUUGACCGCGUAGGAAUUGAUACUAAAGCGGUCGGCCGUAAAUUACAGGCACCUUUCAUUCCAGCCGGGGCUUCUGAAAGACAGUCUCAUCACGCCAGCCUCAAAACCUAUCGACACUCUCGCCGAAGCGACUCGGAGGGUUCUAAUGACAUCUAUUAUCCACAAGGGCCUUCACCCCGAGUGUCCCGUCCGAAUCUCCGUGGGAGUUUGGGGGGUAGCUCCAGUGAUUUAAGCCCAGAGACCGUAAUGUCGAGCGCCUCACGAACGCUUACUCGGCCGGCUCGUCGGCGCCAUUUCGGCGAUGGCACAGAAUUGGCUUCCUUCGAUGAUUUGCCCACAUCUACUUCCGCUGAGAGCAAGUUCAUGAAGCAACCUUCUGGGCGAGGUGUGCCGAGAUCAUUAAAAGGCAAACUCGAGCGGAGUAACCCAGCUCCGCAGGGAACGGAUGUUCCUCGUCAGCAAGUACAACAAGCACAGCGUACACCAUCCAAAACAGGUGAUUUUACUCCGCGAUUUGCGCGCGAUACAAAUGCCUCGAGAAACGCCAGGGAACAGCGCAUUGCUUCGAUGACGUUUAACGUGAAGAAUCGUGACAGCGACCUUUCUGAUUCUUUCAACGCGAACUUCAAAGCUCAGAGUGCCUCGCGCGUGCCGUCGGGUACAAGGACUAUCCGAAGCAAAAGAAGCCGGCCUCCUGUCGGCUCUAAAUCAAAGCCGCAGCUGAUCAAGCCGAUGGGGGCCGGUGUUCAGGAGCCCAAAUCUAUGAAUGGCAUGCGAUACAACCCCAGCACGUUUCGUUGGGAAGGAAAUGAGAACCUAGUGCAGGAGUUUGACACAAACUCCCCCAAAACGCCAAAACCAGCGCCGGCGCUCAUAACCAACAUAGGCGCGAUGCAAAACGUACAGGUAGUUGGGGGGAUGAUCUUUGAUCCCCAGCGGAUGUGUUGGCUAAGGCUGGCCCCACUGCAACCCGGAACCAAGGGCCUGGUAGCGGUCCAGGAUGAGGACGAUGUUUUCGCCGGUCUUGACGACCUAGAAGAAAAAGGGAGGCUAUCUGGCGGACGAAAUUCGGGUGCACAUGACGAUCCUGGCCUUGGUGGAAGCGGGGAUGAUCGGAGUUGUGGAGGAUCGUCCGACGAAUGGCCCAUCACGGAGGAGUUCGACGUCGGUCCAGAAUUUGUCAAACGUCAGCGUGCAGAGGAAGACAAGUGGAGACGCAAGGUCGACAAAUGGACUACGUUCGAUCGUGGAGAACUCGGAGAAGGGUGGAGGUGGACCAUUCGAGACUUGGUGGGAUUUGGCAGCAAUUUCGGGGCUCGGAGACUGAACGACGUAUAAUUCGAUUAGGGCCACCUGCGCGCAAAAUCCCUGGAGGAGGAUGGUUUCUGGAAACAGGGGACUGUGGUACAAACACAAGUAAAGGCAGCGUCAGCGAGCGUCUGUCCUUUGGUGGUUGAUCCGUUCUUGUUUGAUAUUUAGAUGCUCACGGCGGUAUAACUUUUAUGGGGCGACCAAUUGUGGCUGGGUAUGAUGAACACUCUAAGUUACAUUUCGCGUUGGUUUCAGUUCUUCCAAUCAUGCACGUUUGACAAGUUCAG